GGUUCGACACCAGGAGCAGCAUCUUCUGCCGCGGGGACAGAGGAGUCCCUCCUCAGGGAAACUGUGACUGAGCCGCAGAUGGUGAGAGGCAUGGGCUGGUUCUUCUCUCCGCUGUGGAGCCCGCGCUCCAAGACGCGCAGCAAGAGGUUUGCAGACGGUAUGAGAAGCGACCAAGUGGAGGCAUGGCUGGACGACCACUCCGACUUUACGAGGGCGUACUUUUUACGCAGAGCUUCCGCGGUCAGCACUUCACAAACAGAGUCUCCACUGCCCAGGAGCAGCUCUGACCACUCUGGCCUGCGCAGGAAGCCUCAUCAUCGCAGAGCUUCCUCUCCACUGUCCAGCUCACAUUUAAACAUUUCAUCCUUGACAGACAGGCUCAAACCCCUCGCCUCCAAUCUCAGUGCCCCUGAGUGGAAUGAUCGCUUCAGUCCAGAUAUUCUUGGCUGUCAUUCCCCUUGCUCUCCACGCUCUGCUCGUUCUUCUCGCUUCUCUUUUUCUCCUUGCCGUCCUCUUUCUCCCGUUUGCCCCAGCUCCCCUGACUUAUCCCGCUCUCCCCAUCCUCUGCUUCUCACUGCCACAAACACUGAAGCCUGUGGCCAUGGUGAAUACUGCCCGUGGAUGAUGGAGCUCCUAAGAGGAGGUCUCAGCUGGAUGGGUUCUGUGACAGAGCUCUGCCAGGGGGCUGUCCUGCACUCUGGGGAGCUGCUUGCAGCUGAGUGUUGCUCCCUGUCUCUGGUUAAGAAAGACAGCAGUAGAAGGAGCACCCUGGAGGAGGUGGUCGCCCCGACAGGGUUGGGGUGCUUGAGUGAAGGCAGCCAUGCACACCUGGACCUGGUGAAGGGUAUCAUGGGAUGUGUACUGGCUACAGGGUCACCAAUGAACCUGAGAAAUGCAUCAGAGGUCCCCAGAUUUGACAUAGAUGACGAUCAAUCAUCCACGAUCAGGACUGUUUUGAGUGUUCCCAUUAAUAACCACAGGGGAGAGGUGGUAGGUGUUGUGGUUAUGAUCAACAAGAGAAAUGUCUGUGAAGGAUCAGAUUCUGCUUUUACCAACAAUGAUGAAAAGGUGCUGUCAUAUCAUAUGGAUGUGUUGGGGAUGGUCCUGGAUAAUGUCCAGCUGCAUGAGAGCGCAAGACAGGAGGCCAGACGCAGCCAGGCUUUGAUAGAGAUGGCACAGGUGUUGUCACAGGAGCAUCGUUCCUUUGAAGUUCUGCUAAGUAAGAUGGCUGCCACCAUCAUGCCUUUCACACGUGCUCAGUACUGCACCAUCUUCAUCCCCAGCGAGCAAACCCCAGUUACGAAAGACAAGGUGUCGUUCUCCAGAGUGAUCCACCUGGAGUGUGAGGAGCUCGGAUCAACCUGCCAGAUCUACAGAAGGGAGCAUGAUAUCACUGAUUUAGACCCAUCACAUGCCCUUCAAACUCUGGCUGCUAUGGAAACACUCAAUAUGUCGGAGGGCUCAGAGGAAUCAAUGAAGAGUCUGAUCUGCUGUCCUGUCAGAAAUGAGAGGUCUGAAAAUGUUAUUGCGGUGUGCCAGCUCAUGAACAAGAGGAGCAGAGACUCAGAAGAGAUGGAGGCCUUUAACAGAUAUGAUGAGCGCCUACUAGAGGACCUGGCAGUGUACUGCGGCCUGGCUCUUCAGUACGCUCAGGCUGUGCAGAUGACUGAGGAGCGGAGGGCCAGUAUAGAGGUCACACAGGAGGUUCUUGCCUACCACAUCACCGCAGCAGAGCAGGAAAUCCAAGCAUUGCAGGAGGCCACUAUUCCUUCUGUUGAAUCACUGAAUAUUCUAGACUUCCAUUUCUCUGAUUUUGGCAUGCCAGAAGAUGUGACCUCUCAGGCUGCCAUCCGUAUGUUCCUGGACCUCAAUUUGGUGCAGGAUUUUAACAUUGAUUACAAGGGGCUCUGUCAGUGGGUUCUGACUGUGAAACGUGGCUACAGGAACAAUGUGCCAUAUCACAACUGGAACCAUGCAUUGUGCACUGCUCAAAGCAUGUUUGCUAUACUCAUGGCCACAGACCAACUCCAGACCAUCUUUUCCCGUCUGGAAAUUUUAGCACUGAUGAUUGCCACUCUGAGUCAUGACCUUGAUCACAGGGGCGUCAGUAACUCGUACAUAGAGAGGAGUCAGCAGCCUUUAGCUCAGCUGUAUGGACACUCCUCUCUUGAAAACCACCACUACAACCUGUGCCUUUUCAUCCUAAACAACACUGGGAGUCAGAUUCUCAGCGGCCUCUCUGCAGAGGACUACAAAGCUGUACUACACAUGAUCAAAAGGGCAAUCCUCGCAACUGACCUGACCGUCUACAUGGAGAGAAGAAAAGAAUUCCAUUCUCUCUCCAAGAAAAGCAGAGUGAACUGGAAGAGUGAGAAACAAAGAGAUUUACUGAGGUCGAUGUUGAUGACAGCUAGUGACCUCUCUGCUAUCACAAAGCCUUGGCCUGAACAAAAAAGGAUUACAAACCUGGUUGCCAUGGAGUUCUUUGCACAGGGGGAUAAAGAGAAAGAAGAGUUCAAAAUCCAACCCAUUGACAUAAUGAACAGAGAAAACAGCACUCGACUGCCAAACAUGCAAGUUGAAUACAUCAAUGACAUCUGCUAUCCACUGUACAAGGCUGUAUCGAGACUGUUUGACACUUGCACCCCGCUGCUGAAUGGUUGUAAGAAGAACAGAGAAAACUGGAUGCAUCUAGCUAAGAAAGCAGAGGAAGAAGGCUGUGAAAAUUGUUGUUGUGUAACCGUGGAAAUGCACCAAAGCAAUGAGGAUGAGAAGCCGUCAGAGGAAUAAAGAACUGGACAGAGGACGAAAGGAAUUUUUCCCACCUGCACCAGUUUGUUCUCCAUCCUCUCUUGGACACAUCUUGUCUAAAAAUGAUCAGAGUGCCCACACAUCAGAACUUUGAUUACGAAAUAUGUUGAAGAGACAUACAACAAUCUUGACGAAUGCAAGCAAUGUUGUCAUUAUGUCCCAGACACCUGGCAAAGAGCAUAUCCUGCAGCAAGGCCAAUGUCAAACCUAUCAGUAGUCCCAAGUCUCAUAAGUAACAUUGAUCUGUUUCAUUGUAUUUAAAGAACUGAAGCUACAGAAACUGUGAAAAUAAUAUUUUCCAUUGUAUAGUUGCACUAAUGUGUCGAUGCAGAACAUUGU